AAUGUAUGUUUAUGUUGGUAAGGAAAAAGGAUAAAAUGGGUACCGAUUAAUACGUUUGUGUGCAGUUGCAGAGAAAGAGAGAUGAAAUGUAUUAAGCAAACACUUAUCUCAACAGUUGCAAUUCAUAAGUAAAUCAGACUCACUUCUCUAACAAUAACUCAAACCAAUUCCACACUCUCUCUGUUAUACAAGAACUGGAUCUGCAGCAUUGAAAAUUUUAUAUUCUUCCGGAGGACAUAUAGUCCCAGAUGAAGACUUGCUCUUAGGCCAAGGGCCUCUGGUUUAAAAUUGAAGCAAAAUGAUUCUCAAUGCAGAAGAAAGUUUUAUGAACUCAAUUAAGUUAAUGUUAUUGAAGUAGAAUGGUCCAUUAAUCUGAAAGCUCGAAGUGUGUCUUUGAAUCUGAAGACUGAACUCGUCAGAUGGGCCGAGAAAAUGCAUCACCAAUGGCAAAGGAACAAGUCAGUGAUGAUAGUUCCUCGAGUGUUGCGAAUGGGGAUUUAGAAUCUCAUGCUCGACUUAGUUUGGACAAGGAGACGGGUUUGGGAGGUUGUCGUGUGUGCCAAUGUACUGAAUCAGAUAAAAGGGCAGAUGCUGCACUAGAAUUUUUGGGCAUCACUCCAGAUUCAGAAAUGUGUAAAAGCAAAGGGGAAGUAGGGUCUGAUGGAAAUGGAAUCCCCAAAAAUGUGUCUCUUAACAGAAAUGUUGAAAAAAAUACUGGGAUGGUGGAGUUUGUAAGCCCUGAUGGGGAGGUUUUCAUUUGUAAAAGCGAUUUGGAACUUGGUUUGUCUCAUCAAGAUAAAUUAGUUGAACUUGGAUGUUGUUGUAAAAAUGACCUUGCUUUAGUACAUUAUGCAUGUGCACUCAAGUGGUUUGUCAACCAUGGAUCUACCAUUUGUGAAAUAUGUGGACAUAUAGCAAAUAAUAUCAGAAUCUCUGACUUCAAUAAGGUUGUUGGUGCUUUGAAGGAGUAUGAAGUAUUGAGGGAAAGAACUGCGAGUGGGGAUCCUGGUCCUGCACAAGUUCAGGCAAGUGCUGCUGUGGAUCCUGAUGCUGUGGCUGCUAUCCGGAGGCAAAGGCUAAGUGAGAUUGCACUAUGGUUUUGUCCUCAUAAUAAUAUCAGUAACAAUAACAACAAUAGCAAUGUGGACACAGUUUCACAGGUUGUUGCUGACCAGCCUUUGAGUAUUGUUACUGAAGAUGCUGGCCCCAUACAGAAUCCUGCAACUAAGUGGGCUGUAGAGGGUACGGGGAUCCUGCUUGCUACGGGUUUGCUUACCAUCACCCUUGCAUGGCUUAUAGCUCCUCGUGUUGGAAAGAAAACUGCUAAAAGUGGUCUUCAUAUCUUACUAGGAGGUGUUUGUGCUUUAGCCGUGGUGGUUUUCUUCCGCUUUUUCGUGCUUACGAGAAUCAAGUAUGGACCUGCACGUUAUUGGGCAAUAUUGUUUGUUUUCUGGUUUCUUGUCUUUGGAAUAUGGGCUUCAAGGACCCAUGGUGCCCAUACAACAUGAUCCCUUAGUACAGCUCUAUAGAUUUUGUUAAGUUUUUUCUCCAAUCCCUCUUGGACAAAAACAGAAGUUCUCUUCCCAUCUCUUCUUGAGGUGUUUCAUUUCCUUGCCAUCUUGAAUUUUGAAUAGAAUACGACUUAUAAGUCUAUUUGGUCGAUUCUCAUAUCUGUUAAGUGUUAAAUGUAAAAUAACAAUCAUGAUGUUUUCAAGAUAGAUUGCUGAAUGCCGGUUGUUUUCA